AUGGGGCGGGCCUGGGCGCCCGUGCUCGGCCGCCCGAGCGAGAAGUCGCUCGCGCGGGAGCCGAGCCGCGGCCUCGCGCGGGGCAAGUCCGUCGUGACGUUCGAGGUCGACCAGCCGGCCCUCGGCGACGACGGCGACGGCGACGAGGCGCCGGAGGCGAAGCGGUCCCUCUUCUGCCCGCGGCCCGGCUCGUCGCCGCGGCGCCGCGAGCUCGACGCGACGUCGCGCAACGACCUCCUCAACGCGUUCGCGAAGUUCAGCCCCGCGGGCGUCCACGCGGAGCUCACGGACCUCGGCGGCUCCGAGUCGAGCUUCCGGGCCAUGAGCCGCAAGUUCAUGCAGAAGACCUUCACGGAGCCGUCCGCGCGGUCCACGCGCGGCGCGCUCCUCUUCGUCGACAUCUCGGGAUUUACAAGAUUGUCGACGUCCCUGGGCAUCGAGGCCCUGAAGCGCCACAUCAACGCCAUCUACACGCGCGCCGUCGACAUCAUCGUCAAGCACGGCGGCGACGUGCUGAAGUUCGCCGGCGACGCCAUGCUCAUCACGUGGCUCGCGGCGAGCGACGGCGACGUCGCGCUGAACGGCGUCGUGGCCGCGGCGGCGAACUGCGCGCUGGCGUUGCAGGGCCCGGGGUCCGUGCACCACGUCAAGGAGGACGGCGUGGACGUGCACCUGUCCAUGCACUGCGCGUUGGGCGCCGGGAAGCUCACGGCCUACCGGCUCGGGGACCGGGACCGCUGGGAGUUCAUCGUCGCGGGCGAGCCGCUCGAGCAGAUCCGCGUCGCGGAGCCGUGCGCGUCCGCGGGGCAGACGUCGCUGUCGCCCGAGGUCUGGCGCCGCCUGGCGCGCAACGGCUUCUCCGGGGCGCCGAGCGACCUGGAGCCGUCCGUGUUCCUGCUGCACGGGCGGCUCCGCCAGUCGAUGACGUCGCUCAUGUUCCGCGGCAAGUCGAGCAGCGACGUCGGCGCGGCGCCGAAGCGGUCGGGCGAGCGGUCCAACUCCUACCGGUCGCCGCGCGGCGACGCCAUCGCGCGCGAGAUCCCGGACCUGAUCCAGCUCCAGCACAAGGCGCGGACGUCGUUCCGGCUCCGGCUCCGCGCGCACGCGGAGGUAUUGAAGUGCUUCACGGUGCCCGCGGUCCAGGAGAUCUACGAGUCCCUGGGCUCCGCCGGCGAGCUCCAGCGCGAGCGCAAGGACUCGAGCUCGCGGCGCGCGCCCGAGGACCAUUUGGCGGAGCAGCGCCAGGUGACGACGGUGUUCAUCAACGUCGUCGGCCUCGGCGACGCGCUCAUGGACGGCGAGCUCGACAAGGUCCAGGACUGCUUCAUGACGGUCCAGCUCUGCGUGCGGGACCGCGGCGGCAUGCUGCGCCAGUUCAUCGUCGACGACAAGGGCGUCGUCGCCAUCGCGUUCUUCGGGGUUCGAGGGUCGUCGUUCGAGGACAACGAGUACCGCGCGGUGCGCUUCACGCUCGCCGUCGUCCGCGCGCUGAAGCGCCUCGACGUCGACGCCUACUGCGGCAUCACGGUCGGCAAGGGCUUCUGCGGCCUCGUGGGCGCGCCGAACCGGUGCGAGUACGCGGUCAUGGGGCCGACGGUGAACCUCGCCGCGCGGUUGAUGGCCGCGGCCUCCAAAAAGCAGUCGGAGCCCAUCUUCGUCGACGAGCGCGUGUCGCGGGCCGCGCGCCAGUCCCAGUCGACGCGCCACGUCUUCACGGCCAUGGAGCCCAUCAAGGCCAAGGGCUUCGCGGAGCCCGUCAAGGUCUUCGCGCUCGCCGAGUCGGAGCGCGACCGGGGCCGCGUGACCGCGAGCGCGGCCCACGAGGCCCAGGUGCCCUUCACGGGCCGCGAGAAGCUGCUGGCGUCCAUCGACGGCAUCGUCGAGGCCGCCGCGCGCGAGGACGAGUCCGCGUCGCCGCAGCCGGACUCGCCGGGGAGCCCGCGGAGCCCGCUGUCGCCGAAGCGGCUGCUCGAGACCAUGGGCCAGUCGACGCGCAAGCUCGUGGCGACGACGUCGUCGGCGUCGGCGGGCGCGCUCUUCCCGGGCCGCGCGUCGUCGCCGUCGGGCUCGAGCCGGUCGCUGAAGGCGUCGGCGACGCCGUCGCCCCGGACGUCGCCGUCGCUGCGGCUGCGGUCCCUGAGCGGCCCGCCCAAGUCCGACGACCCGGAGAGCGUCGUCCGCCUCGUCUGCGUCGACGGCGAGAGCGGGUUGGGCAAGAGCCGGCUCCUGAGGGAGAUCGCGGAGAAGCACGGCGGCGCGUGGGACGUCGUGGAAGCGUCCGCGGACGCGGUGACGCUCCAGCGGCCCUUCGCCAUCUGGAUCAACGUGAUCCGCAGCCUCGUCUACGCGCGCCACGGCGGCCGGAGCCCGCGGGCCGCCGACGUCGUCCGCGCGCUCGGCCGCGCGGACGCGCGGUCGGGCAACGCCGCGGAAGACGCGAGUUUGCGGACGCGCCACUCCGAGGACGCGAACCCGAAGCCGUCGCCGUCGCGGGCCCUGUCGACGAAGCUCCGCAAGGCCAGCGGCGCGUUGGCGGGGGCCGGCGACGACGACAAGCACUCGCUGAGCCGCUUCAUCCGCGAGCGGAUGACGAAGUCCCAAGUCGCGGCCUACGGCGACCGCCUCGCGUUCCUCGACGGCGACGGCAUGGACUCGCCGGAGUGGACGGCGCUGAACAAGAGCUUCAAGCUGGAGAUCCUCGCCGCGGCCAUCGCGGCGCUCGUGGCCGCGCCGAGCCGCCGCGCGGCGACGCGGCGGACUUUGCUGCUGAUCGACAACGGCCACUGGCUCGACUUCCCGUCCUGGGAGCUGCUCGAGGAAUUGGUUACGAAGAAGCAGAGCCACGUCGGGCCGGCCCAGGUCGUCGUCGUGCUCACGAAGCGCGGCGGCGUCAAGCUGAGCGCGCCGAACGUCUGGGACAAUCUGAUGGCGACGUACACGACGACGACGCUCUCGCUGGACCCGCUCGGCGCGGCGGCGUCCUGCAAGCUGCUCUGCGCCGCUUUAGACAUCCCGGGCCACUCCGUGACGCCGGGCACGGUCGACAACGUGCUCCGCAAGUGCGCGGGCAUCCCCGUGCUCAUCUUAGCGCUCGUCGAGUCCAUCGAGAAGCACGUGAAGCAGGCCGAGGCGGGCAUCGAGGACACGGUGCUCGAGGGCGAGACGCUGAGCUCCGAGAUGUCCGAGGAGACGCUGGCCGUCGUCAAGUCGGCGCUCCAGAAGGUGCCCUGCUUCAUCAAUCUGGACGACGAGGCCAAGUUCAAGCACGUCGCGUCCCGCAUGGUCCGCAUCGACUGCGCGCCGGGCAAGACGCUCAUCACCAAGGGCGAGAAGGGGUCGACGAUCUACGUGCUCGAGAGCGGGGCCAUGGAGUGCGUCGUCGACGGCGUCAAGGUCUCGGAGGUGUCCGCGGGCGACGUCAUCGGCGAGCGCGCCAUGCUCACGAACAGCGCGCGGACCGCGACGGUGUCCGCGGCGACGGACACGGUGCUCUGGUCCCUGGAGCGGCGCGACGCGCGCUUCCUGGUCAAGGAGGCGGACUACGUCUGGCGGCGCGUGCUCGCGCUCGAGAGCCUGUCCAUCCCGACGCGCGGCGACUCGUCGUUCAUGAUGCCGAGCUCCAUGGCGGGCAUCAUCACGAACCGGUUAGAUACGCUCUCGCUGAACGCGACGACGGUGGUCAAGCUCGCGUCGGCCUUCGGCCCCGUCUUCCACGAGGAGGCCCUGCGGACCUGCUUCCCGGGCCCCAAGCGGUCCAAGUCCGCGGACGCGAUCGCGGAGCUCGUCGCCGCGGCGCUCAUCCAGCCCCAGGACCCGCCCCUCGGCAACGAGACGCUGUUGAAGCCCUCUUUACCGAACCAGCGGCGGUCCUGGGCCGUCGACAGCGCGUCGCCCAAGGCGUCGGACGCGCCCGGCGAGGACGAGAAGGAGCGCGACGAGUGCGACUCGGAGAACGGCGCCGCGUCGUCGAGCGGGCUCUACCGCUUCAAGAACCAGCAGAUCGCCGAGGUCAUCUACAGCGUGGUCCUCGACGAGCAGAAGCGCGAGUACCACCGGCGCAUCGCCGAGUUCUUCGAGGACUGCCUCGCGCUCGUCGAGGGCACGCGGACGACGCACACGCGGCCCGAGACGAAGCCCGCGCUCCUGAGCGUCAUCACGGCGCUCCACCUCGGCCGCAGCGACCUGCACCUCCUGCUGGCGGACCACUACACGCGGUCCAAGUCCAACGAGGACAAGGCCAUGGCCUACAGUCUCGUCGCCGCGAAGGGCGCGACGACGCUCGGCUUGUACCGCGAGGCCGAGCAGCUCUACCGGCGCGUCGCGUCCCAGAAGGUCGCGCGGAAGACGGCGCUGAGCCCCAAGGAGAUCAAGAUCACGGAGAGCGCGCGGCUCCAGUCCUACAUCGAGCUCGCGGAGCUCUACGCGCGCUUCGAGAUGGAGCCGCGGCCGCGCGAGGACGCGGAGGCGUCGCCGCUCGGCGAGUCGUCGAUCGCGCUGCUGAGCCACGCGCUGGCGAUCCUGGGCGUGGACCACGAGGCGCUGGGCGAGGACGGCUUCGCGAGCCUGCUCGCGUCGAACGACCGCGAGGAGCACCUGAGCCAGAGCGAGAAGAAGCUUUUGGCGCGCGCGCUGUCGCAGCUCGGCUGGUGCCACGUGCGCGCGGGCACGGCGCUGGACCACCAGUUCGCCCUGCAGCUCACGGAGAGCUGCUUCGCGCACUCCAUCCGCCUGUCCAAGGUCGCGGGCGACAAGCUCGCGGCCGCGGACGCGCUCAACGGCUUCGGCACGUUCUACCAGCUCUGCGCGUCCCAGGUCGGCGAGCUCCACGCGACGCUCGGCGACACGAUCCGCCCGUCGCCGGCGCCCGCGGGGCGGCGCCUCGCGCGGUCCGCGAGCCAGGGCGAGAUACCGCCGGCCGUGGUCGCCGCGGCCAAGGCCGACGAGCCGCCGUCGACGCCCGGCGCGCCGGCGAGCUCCCUCUUCAAGCGCCUCACGCACUCGGCGCCCAGGAAGGGCGCGGACCACGACGACGAGCCACCGCCGCGCGCGCCCGGCGACGGCAAGAAAUCGGCGAACCGGUACAAGCGGACGAACACGGACGCGACGCCGGAGAACCUCAAGCCGCCGACGCCGCCGGGCGAGCACCGGAGCCUGCUCCGCUUCAGCCGGCUGCUCCUGCUGAGCCGGCCGGACCUCUGGUCCAUCGCCGAGGACAAGCUCAUGGAGUCCUACGACAUCCGCGAGAGCUCGUGCGUCGAGGGCAAGCCGAGCCUCGACGUCGCCCAGGUCUGCGUCACGCUCGGGUCGCUGCAGAUGGACAUGUCGAAGAUCGACGCCGCGCGCGCGUACUACGCCCUCGCGCUCCACAUGUACGAGAGCGAGCUCGGCCCGCUGCACCCGCGGACGGCGCACGCGCUCGCGGGCCUCGCGCGCAUCGCGCGGAACCAGGGCACGAAGCUCAUCACGGACCCGACGCCGACGACGCGGCGCGCGGGCGCGCUGAUCCUGGACGAGGCCAUCGACUACCAGGCGCGCGCCGUCAAGGCGCGGUCCGCGCUGGGCCAGCGCCACGGCACCUACCAGGCCUCCGUCGCCGAGCUCCGCGCCAUGGAGCUCCAGCGCGACGCGCUCCACCUCACGGAGCCCGCGCCGCGCUCCGCGGACAGCCCCUACCAGCCCGGCCGGGCCCAGCGCCGCAAAUCCCUCUAA